CAUUGAUUCUCUUUUGAGAUACUGCAGUAAACAAAGAAAACUUCUGUGUUUGAAGAUUUGUGCGAGAAGUAUUUCAGCUAUGGCUAAAUUUGUUGAUGACAAUUACUGGGUAAAUCGUGCCCACGAAGAAGCUGUGGAAAAUGCGAAAUUAAAACACCAGCAAGGAGAGGGGCCAUGUGUGAUGUUUGCUUUAGAUACGUCAGGAAGUAUGGCCGGGGAAGCCUUCCAUCAGAUGAAGACGGCUUUCAUUGACAUCAUAGACGAAUACGCCAAAAACAGCAUGGAUGAAACUGUUGCCGUCGUUACUUUUGGAGAGGAAGUCAAGUUUCGUCAUUAUUACUCCAAUAAUUACCAAUCGCUGAAAAGAUGUCUAGAUGACGUGGUCUGUCGGGGUGCCUCUCCCAUUCAGGCGGCCAUUACUCUCUGUCUGUCGGGGUUGGCUUUUGGUGGAGGAUAUAAUACAGGGAUAGGAAUGUUCCAAGUAAGAGCUAAGCUAGUACUGAUUACCGAUGGUAAACCCACGACUUCAAACAUGAUAGGGGGAGAAGAGGACGAAGAUCUUAUGGACCCAGUAGAGGUUUACCUGAUAUCUGAAUCCUCUUCCAUUAAAUAA